CAUUACUUUUCAUCAGUAGCGUCGCGCUGAAAAUCGAAGAAGUGCGUCUUGAUUGAGUGUUGAAGAAACAAAAAGCAAUGACGGAGAUCUCUGAAAGAUAUGUGGAACAGUUCACGACUACCAUUGAAACGCUGCGUCGUCGUGUCAUUGCAUAUUACGAUGGAAUUUUUUAUUUGGGACGAAAAGUGGAGAAAGCUGCAGAACGUUUGAAAGAAGUCGCUGAGCCAGCUGCUUAUGAUGCUCGAGACUAUGUGAAUCAGUCACUGGCAGAGAAUAGUCCAUUGGAAGUGAUUGAUACAGAGACGAAGAAUAGCUUGGUUGAGAUGUAUCUUGGAAUCUCAGUCAUUUUGAUUGGUUUGGCUGGAGGUCAACUCUCCGGUGCAUAUGCAUUGACUCCACUUAUUCAAUACGUCUUCGAUACUUCUGUCGUUUCUCUGAUCCUUGCUGCAUUGCCAGUUUACAUCUACUACAGUAUUCGCAAGAAUUCCAGUUUGGAUGACACUGAAAGACGUAGUAUUCUAUUCUCCUCAACUCUAUUCUUCGGAAUCUUCAGUGGAUAUCUUUUUGGUCCACGUAUGCUUUCACUUGCUCCAACAACUAUUUUCCUUCCACCAUUCAUGUUUGCUUUGUUGUUCGACAAUGGAAUUCUUCCGACGCCUUUGGUUUCUCUCAAUCGUCAAAGUUUCUUCAUCGCUUUUGCUUCCAUCAGCGUCUUCAUUACCACUUUCCUUGCAUCAAUCGUCUUGGGUAGUUUCUCUAUUGUGAUUUCGCUGUUCAAUAUCGUUCACGUCACUGGUCUCUACAUUCACUUCCAGGUGAUUAUGCAAUUUGUGAAGGACAAAAACUUCCUCGUUGGAGAGAGUCAAGCAAUCUACAUCGGUGUAUCGAUUUUGUCGCAGUUCAUCUUCACAAUGGUUCUUGGAUACAACCCAGAAGCUACGAAGAAGUAGACGUUUUACAGAACAAGAUUCUGGAACAAAUACCAUGUUAAUAAAUGUUUCCUUUAA